UUCAGAUGAUACUUCCUUUUGCUCAAAUCUCUACAGCUUUUCGAAUACAGCUUCCUAUGAGUCGCUCCUUUUACCUCGAGUACCAUCGCCGUCUCUCCGUUUGGAAGAAAUGCUAGGCCUGUGGCCGUCGACACCCAAAUCUCCAUCAGCGUUCGGUUUAGGAGGUCUCACUAUCGAUGACUGUUCCGGCUGUCGCGAUUCUGUUGCUACUAUUGUGCACUUUGGUGAUUGGAUCUCAGAUCAAUCACAGAGUCGAUCUCCAAGCUUGCUCCCACCAGCGCCACUCUUCAACCACCGCGAACCAUCAGUACCGAAGGCCAGUAUGGAGUGUCGGCUUCCCCCAACGCUAGAUGCAAGGUUCGGCCCAAGACAAGUGAACCAGUUAUGUUCUCAGCUAGAAAAGGCUUCCUUCCUUUCGGACUCGCCUUCUUUCCCGGCCACACGAACGACAACACCAGUACCAGUACCGUCUUUGACUCAUUCACACUAUUCAACAUACUCCCUGCCUGGACAAAUGAAUGGUGCUGCCGCUUCAGCUACGGUAUCUUUGACUAGCCCCACUCUCCCUUCUAGCUUGGAGCCUGGCACAAAGAUGGCGAUCGCUAAGACCGCCACGAUCGAGCCGAAUAACAAUGCACUCGGUCACUCAAGCCCUGAACCAACACAAGGGGAGACAAGUCGUCGAGUGUCUGCUGACAUUGCUUUCGCUGGCGAAAGCAUGCAUAAUAAUCCAAGAAGUGUCGAAAUGCAACUCCCCCAACUUGCAGCAUCUCCACCUGAAGUAUCCUACAUCGAAUGGGACGAUGACGACGGUCGACGAGGCCCGUCCCGGAUGGCUCGGGUCAAGAAAAGCCUCGCCGAUCUUCGUGCUGCGGAACGAUUUAUUGCGGAUGUCGGCUCGGCAAAGAGGACCGCGACGUCCAGCCACAAACAGGAUGUGGCAGCAUUGAAAUACUCUACGGUCGAAGAUAGCAUCUCGAGUCCAAAACCAGAAGUGUACCGGCAACCAACAUCGAAGGACAAACAUGACGCUCUGAAAUACGCAACAUGUCCGGCGUCCUUUAAGGACAGGCCGCUACCUGAACUUCCCAUCCAAGUCCAACCCACGCAGCCGGGCGAUAUCGUUAACGUCGACGCUGCGAGUACCAGCAAAGUGAAGAAGGGCUCAGGCGAGAAGCGCACGCUGGCGAAAUACACUGCGCAUUCACCAUGUCUUCCUUUCCCAAAGAGCGGUAGGCGGAGAACGAUCAGUGCAGAACUGGAUGGGCCCUUGCCAGCAUCGCCAAUGAACAUCUAUCUUGCGAGUGAAGUCCACGCUCAGCCGCCAAUGGCGAUACCAUUUCCAACGAUGCGGAAGAGAAAGAGAAUCAGUGGUGUUUCGUUCAAAUCCGGGAGAAGUGAGAAGAAAAGGAAACCUAGGUUCGGCGUGGUGGGCAAAUUGGUCAGGGCAGUUUUGCGAUUUAAGCAAGAGUGUUGAGAAGUUAUGGUGGCAAGAAGAGAUGGUUCUCCACAGAUGCGACAUACUCAUUCCGCGAAUCUUUCGGUGUUGAUGACUUGUUUCGGUUGAUCGAGAUAGCUCAGACUCAAUGUCGGGUCCGCUGGUGGUGUUUCGGCGUUGCUACUUGGCUUGUUGGGUCCUUAUGUUUGCGUGUACGGGUAUGGAAAAGCUCUUAUGCGACAUGAAGGAAUGAUUGACGUCUGCGAGAACUGACGGGCUGAAUUGGUUAAUGACUAUGACUAUGGAAAUGAAGCUAUGAGUGAGUGUAUGAUACCUGGUUAUAGAAUAUCGCAGGUCUUCUUUCACAUAUUGCAUGAUUAGAUGCAUAUUCAGAGGAACGGGGCGUGGUCAAC